AUGGAUACUGAAGUCGAUGUUGCGCCUGAAAAUCUCUUUCGCCCUGCGAAGCGACGCAAGUUCGCCCGACGACGCCAAGAUGAUCCCGAAGAAACAACCAGUCUCGCCACCGAAACUGUCGCUGAAAGCACCGACAAAGCUACUGUAGCUCCUGGAUCCAACUUACCAGAUGAUUCUGAUGACUCGACACACGCGACCGGGGUAGUGCGCCUACGCCGACCAAAGACGACUCGUAAGGGAGGCAUUGCAUUCUCCGCCACACGACCAUCGGGCAAGGACGACAGUCGUCAAACGGCGCUGGUCACCACAGAUGACCAGGAGAAGGAAAAGGUUCAGGCCAUGGGGGACCGUUUCCAAAUGUACACUGGACAGGCGGAGGAUGUGGACAGACACAUGAUGGCAUAUAUAGACGCCGAGAUGGCUAAGCGCUACAACCGUAGCCCGCUACCAGACGGCUCACCGGCCGAUCAGUCGGGUUCGCAAGAAACAUCUGGCGCGCCAGCUACACAAGGACAGCAACACGAACGCCUGCCCGCGUCACUGGGCAAGCUGCACGAGAUCGAUCUCGGACAGGAGACGAAGCUGCAGAAUAUUGCCCGUACCGAAGCCGCAACGCGCCGGCUUGCCGGUGACGAAGACUCGCUCCAGCCUGGUGAGCCGACCGAGCGUGUUGGAUCACCCAAGAAGUCAUGGCGCAACCGCAAGCGCCGCACCAGCACAGAUGUCGAGCGCGACCGGCUGGUGGAGGAAAUCUUGCGAGAAAGCAAAUUGGAUGUCUAUGACGAGCCAGAGGAAGAACUCCAGGCGGAUGACCAGGCUGCGGAUGAGCGUAUUGCAGAGCAAUUCCGACGAGACUUUUUGGAUGCGAUUCAAUCACGUCGGAGGACACGCACUACGAAGACGGUUAGUAAGACUGAAGCGCCCAAGGGGCCCAAGUUGGGAGGAAGUCGGAGUGCAAGGGCUGCAAUGCGGGAGUCGCAAGCCCAAGCUGGACGAAAGUGA